UCGGAAUGAGGACGAAAAACAAGGGACACAUAACUAGUGGUAGUGUUCCAGUCGGAUAAAUAAAAUCAUUACCACCGCUGCAUUUUGGUUUAACUGGUUUUUAUUUAAAUAUAAAUUUCCCUACUCGCCAAUCACAUUGCCAGCCUAGAAUGGAAGACCUACGGUACGAAGGCUGGUCGAUUGGACGCCAAUUGAACGUUGUGUACGAAUCGCUGGAAGAAAUGUGUGGCAUCCACGUCGCGGCUGUUGAUAUCAGCCGUAGUCGACCGACAUUGGUUAACGACCAAACAGAAGAGCAUCUACAACAGCUGCUGGAAGGAUUACACCAACAAGAAGGCCUCCUAAGACAGCAGAUUCGUGACCUCAUUGCCAAAUUGCCCGUCCGCUCAAUCGACGAGGCGGUGACCAAUGGAACAGCAGCCCCGGCGGCCGAAGCGCUCCGGCAUUUCCUCGUGUCCAACGGCGGAGAAACGGGCGGAUGGGACCCGAGAGAUCACGGCCUUUUCCUACAGUGGCGCUCCAGAUUUAGAAACAAUCGGCAGACCUUCGUCUCGGCCGUCUGCGAUACGGUGCCAGGUAAGAAUCCAGCUCAGGUGGAAGCCCAUGAGAAAUGGUAUCAGAACUUGCAGAGAUUACGUCGUGAACAGCGACAGGAACUGGACAACUGGAAGCGCGAAAAGAGGAAAAUGGAGGAAGAAGAGCGGAAGCGAAUAGCGUCGCAACAGCAUGAAAGCGACGCUUGGGUGGACGAAUGGCGUCGUCAGCGUGAAUCGGUUCGUGAGCGACUCGAUCGCUGGAAGGAGACGAAGGCGAGAAAAGCUGCAGAAGAUCCGUCAGAGGAAACGAUGGAUGAAGAGCGUAAAAAAGCGGAAGCGGAGCAGAAGCGCCGGAUGGAUCAUCAGUAUCAGAAGUUAGUGGCCUAUUUGUGGCGGAUGGAGCAAGAAGCGGCCAAAAUGGCGAGCGAAACGGCUGAUGAUUACUUGGCUCGGCUUGUGCGGAAGCAGAAAUCACUGUCCAGCGACGGUCAGCUGAUGACCGAGCAAAGGCAGCAACGCGACCGGGAAUGGCUGGAACAUCGACGUCGCCAGCUGUUGGCUCGCCAACAACAACAGCCUAAAGUGGCUCCACUCAGGAGGGCUGUCUCCGUUCCACGCGAUCCGCAGCGUCUCCUACGACCCACAUCCGCAUUUAUGGCUCGGCUUCUACCUGCCACUGAUGGCCAGUCAUCAGGACGACCCACCGACUCUUACAUCCUCAACGUUCAGUCCAAGACGGUGCCCAGUUGGCGACAGCUAUCAACGGACUGAAGACGUCAUCACUGGAAAAAAAAAUGGAAUGUCAAAAAAGACGGUCGUAAAACAUCCACCACCGCAGCUGAAAAUUUUCAAAUGAAAAGCGAUUUCUUUUUGCGUCAUGUUGUCGUCAAAUAAAAAUAAUAAAAAAUA